AUGUAUCCCAGGCUAAUCCACAACAUCACCUACUGUAACACAUCCUACUACACCCACAACUCCCACUACAGUAUCCACAACACCAACACAAUCUACCACUACAACUACAACACCAACAACCACAACUACCACCACUGGAUCAACAGAAUCCACAACAGAUCCACAACUCCAACAGAAUCUACCACUACAACUACAACACCAACAACCACAACUACCACCACUGGACCAACAGAAUCCACAACACCAUCAACUGUGACAUAUCCCACUACAACCACAACUCCCACUACAGUAUCCACAACACCAACACAAUCUACCACUACAACUGAAACACCAACUACUACAACACCAACAACUACAACUACCACAUCAACUGAGUCUACAACCAUAACAACUGGAACCACAGAAUCCACAACAUCAUCAAAUGUGACAUAUCCCACUACAACCACAACUCCCACUACAGUAUCCACAACACCAACACAAUCUACCACUACAACUGAAACACCAACUACUACAACACCAACAACCACAACUACCACCACUGGAUCAACAGAAUCCACAACAGCAUCAACUGUGACAUAUCCCACUACAACCACAACUCCCACUACAGUAUCCACGACACCAACACCAUCUAUCACUACAACUGAAACACUAACUACAACACCAACAACCACAACUACCACCACAUCAACUGAGUCUACAACCAUAACAACUGGAACCACAGAAUCCACAACAUCAUCAACAGUAACAUAUCCCACUACAACCAUAACUCCCACCACAGGAUCCACAACUCCAACAUCUACCACUACAACUACAACACCAACAACCACAACUACCACCACUGGACCAACAGAAUCCACAACACCAUCAACUGUGACAUAUCCCACUACAACCACAACUCCCACUACAGUAUCGACAACAACACCACAAUCUACCACUACAACUGAAACACCAACUACUACAACACCAACAACUACAACUACCACCACAUCAACUGAGUCUACAACCAUACCAACUGGAACCACAGAAUCCACAACAUCAUCAACAGUAACAUAUCCCACUACAACCAUAACUCCCACCACAAGAUCCACAACUCCAACAGAAUCUACCACUACACCAACUACAACUACCACCACUAGACCAACAGAAUCCACAACAGCAUCAACUGUGACAUAUCCCACUACAACCACAACUCCCACUACAGUAUCCACGACACCAACACCAUCUACCACUACAACUGAAACACCAACUACCACAACACCAACAACCACAACUACCACCACUGGAUAUCCCACUACAACCACAACUCCCACUACAGUAUCAACAACAACAGCACAAUCUACCACUACAACUGAAACACCAACUACUACAACACCAACAACCACAACUACGACCACUACAACCACAACUCCCACUACAGUAUCAACAACAACAGCACAAUCUACCACUACAACUGAAACACCAACUACUACAACACCAACAACCACAACUACGACCACAACACCAACAACCACAACUACCACCACUGGAUCAACAGAAUCCACAACAGCAUCAACUGUAACAUAUCCCACUACAACCACAACUCCCACUACAGAGUCCACAACACCAACACCAUCUACCACUACAACUGAAACACCAACUACUACACCAACAACCACAACUACCACCACUGGAUCAACAGCAUCAACUGUGACACAUCCCACUACGACCACAACUCCCACUACGGUAUCCACAACACCAACACAAUCUACCACUACAACUGAAACACCAACUACAACACCAACAACCACAACUACCACCACUGGAUCAACAGAAUCCACAACAGCAUCAACUGUAACAUAUCCCACUACAACCACAACUCCCACUACAGUAUCCACAACACCAACACCAUCUACCACUACAACUGAAACACCAACUUCAACACCAAUAACCACAACUACCACCACUACAACCACUACUCCCACUACAGUAUCCACGACACCAACACAAUCUACCACUACAACUGAAACACCAACUACCACAACACCAACAACCACAACUACCACCACUGGAUCAACAGAAUCCACAACAGCAUCAACUGUAACAUAUCCCACUACAACCACAACUCCCACUACAGUAUCCACGACACCAACAGAAUCUACCACUACAACUGAAACACCAACUACUACACCAACAACCACAACUACCACCACUGGAUCAACAGCAUCAACUUAUCCACAACACCAACACAAUCUACCACUACAACUAAAACACCAACUACCACUGUAA